CAUGGCUUCCCGGGCUGGGCUGCUCCCUUGCACGAAGUUGCAGGGUCUGCAGCUAUGGAGCCCGUCAGCCUCGACAACCUGUCCAUCUUGUACCAAAGCUCGGACUUCAUUGUGGUCAACAAACACUGGGACGUCCGCAUCGACAGCAAGAUGUGGUACGAAAAGCUCACACUGCAGAGCCAGCUCAGGUACCGGUUCCCGGAACUGGCCGAUCCGGACACCUACUACGGCUUCCGGUUUUGCCACCAGCUGGACUUCUCCACCAGUGGGGCCCUCUGCGUGGCACUCAACAAAGCGGCGGCCGGGAGCGCCUACAAGUGCUUCAAGGAACGGAUGGUGACCAAGGCCUACCUCGCCCUGGUGAGGGGCCACGUCCAAGAGCCGAGGAUGACCGUCCGCUACGCCAUCGGGAAGAACACGACGGAGGGGCUCACCCACAUGAUGUGCAUCGAGGGGACGGAGGGCUGUGAAAGCCCCAAGCCCUGUCAGUCGGAGCUGAUCGUCCUGGAGCAUGGGCUGUACAGCGGAGACCCCGUGACCAAAGUGAUUCUGCAGCCGCUGACUGGAAGGACGCACCAGCUCCGCGUCCACUGCAGCGCCGUCGGGCACCCGAUCGUCGGCGACUUCACUUACAGCCAUAAGCAAGACGGCGGCCCGUACCGGAUGAUGCUGCACGCCUAUUACCUCCGCGUCCCCACCAGUAAGGAGCUCAUCGAGGUCAGCGCCCCAGACCCAUUCGUCCCCACCCUGGACAGCAACUGGGUCCCUCAGCGGGCGACGUGCCAGCUGGACGAGGUGAUCCGGGAGCUGAAAGAAUCGAGCGUCCGCACGGCCGAGGGAGAGAGGCGCGACGGCUUGCUGGGGAACCCGGUCCCCGAGAUCCCGCGCCACGCCGAGCCCUCAGAAACGGAAGAGCAGCGGGCCGUGUGCGAGCGGUGGCUGGCCGAGUGGACCUUGGAGUGA